AUGACAGAAAAAUCUGGACAUGAUGUUACUUUCCAGUUGAAAUCAGGAAACCAAAUUACAGCUCACAGAUCGUUCCUUGCUUCAAGGUCAAAGUUUUUUGAGAAAUUAUUCGAAACUCAUCAAAAUACUUAUCCUUUAGAGGGAUUACAAGAUGACACGCUUCAAUUCUAUAUUAAUUUCCUUUACACUGGUUAUCCACAGAUUUCAAUCUUACCAAAGCCAAUAGAUUCCAAAUUAAUUCAAAUUUUACAAGUUGACCAAAAUAACUCAUUAAGAAACUACAUUACAGGAGAAGCUGUUUACAUUACAGAUAUUUAUCUCAUAACAAGAUCCAUUGAUGAUGACAUUCGAAAGCUCUAUAACUUGGCAAUUCAAUCCAAGAAUCAAUCCAAGAAGGCAAUCAAUAAUUCCUCCCUGAUUUGCAUUCAAUUAAUGGAAGAAAACACCAAAACAGAUUGCUUCUUUGUAGAUAAGACAUUCAUGAGAAGAAUUGAUUUCUUUAGAAACAUUCUCGAUUCAGGAAUGAGUGAAGCCGAAACUGGAGUCAUCACUCUUGAAAUUUCAUCAGAAUGUUGUGAGAAACUAAUCGAAUUCAUGUAUAUUGGUCAAAUCAGUAACAUUUCCGACAGUGCCCUAUUGGAAUUGUUCAUUAUUUCCAAACAAUAUUUACAUUGCCAAGAACUAGUUCACUAUUGCGAAAAUAAUCUCAGUAGAAUCAUUCAAAAUUUGACUCCACAAGUAGCAGUUCACAUUAUUGAUUACUUUAGGGACACCUGUCAUGCAGUAGAUGACUUGAUUUCAAGAUGUAGAUAUUACAUUUGCACUAACUUUGACAAUUCAAGAGAAGAUAUCUUAAAUUUGGACUCCGAUUCAAGAUAUGAAUUGAGUAGGCUAUAUUUUGAUUAUCUCAAGAGAAAAUUCAAAAGAAAAUGAAUGAAACUCUCCACCUUCCAUAACAAGGAAGAGACCUCACUCAAUUUUCAUUGAUUCAAUACUCUUCCAAUAAAUAGGACUUGUUAUUAGUGGC